CACGGCGGGCGCAGGGCGAGGCUGCUCCGAGCGGAUGCGAACGAGCGGGCGCGCAGUGCCCGAGGAGGCCGCGCCCGGACCAUGAGGCUUCGACUGUGGCUGGUCCCGGCCCUGGUGCUGCUGUGGGGGCCGGGCGGGCUGGAGGCGCUGGGGCACCCGCAGCGCCCGCAGCGCUUCGACACAGUUGAGUCCAUGCUUUCAGACUACGACAUCCUCUCCCUGUCUAGCAUCCAGCAGCACUCACUGAAGAAGAGGGACCUCCAGCCUGAGACACAUGUGGAGAGGCUCUUAAGUUUUUCAGCCCUGCAAAGGCACUUUAAAUUGUACUUAACUGCAACUGCUGAACACUUUUCAGAAAAAUUUCAAGCAUUAAUUGUGGAUGGUGAAGGCAAGGAAAAGGAGUAUCGUGUUCAGUGGCGAGACUUUUUCACCGGACAUGUCGUUGGAGAGCAUAAUUCCAAGGUUGUGGCACAUAUUGGAGAUGAAGAUUUUACAGUGCGAAUCAAUACUGAUGGAGAAGAAUACAAUAUCGAGCCACUGUGGAGAUUUGUAGAUGAUGUGGAAGAUGAAAGACUGCUGGUCUACAGAUCUGAAGAUAUCAAAGACUUCUCAAGGUUGCAGUCCCCCAAAGUAUGUGGUUAUUUAAAGCUGAGUGAAGAUGAACUGCUGCCAAAAGGACUGGAAGACAGGAAACAAAAUGAAGAAAGCCCCCAUCGGAAGAAAAGAGCCGUUGCAGAGAACUCCAAGAACACGUGCAAGAUGUUGGUAGUGGCAGACCAUCGUUUCUUCAAGUACAUGGGCCGUGGGGAAGAGAGCACCACUAUCAACUACUUGAUUGAGCUGAUAGACAGAGUGGAUGACAUCUACCGAAACACCUCCUGGGACGAUGGAACCUUCAAUGGGUACGGCAUACAGAUAGAGCAGAUUAUUAUCCACAAUGAGCCAAAUCCUGUAAAACCUGGAGAAAAACAUUAUAACAUGGCAAAAAGUUACCCAGAUGAUAAGAAAGAUGCCUGGGAUGUGAAAAUGCUGCUAGAGCAAUUUAGCUUUGAUAUUGCAGAGAAAGCAGCUCAUGUGUGCCUUGCUCAUCUCUUCACAUACCAAGAUUUUGACAUGGGAACGCUUGGACUGGCUUAUGUUGGCUCUCCCAGACCUAACAGCCAUGGUGGCAUUUGUCCUAAAGCUUAUUACAGUCAAAUUGUAAAGAAGGAUAUCUAUCUGAACAGUGGCUUGACCAGCACCAAGAACUAUGGGAAGACCAUCCUCACAAAGGAGGCUGACCUGGUUACAACACAUGAACUUGGACACAACUUUGGAGCAGAGCAUGAUCCUGACAGUCUGCCAGAGUGUGCCCCCACUGAAGACCAGGGUGGGAAAUAUGUCAUGUAUCCUAUUGCUGUCAGUGGGGAUCAUGAAAACAACAAGAUGUUCUCAAGCUGCAGCAAAAAAUCCAUCCAUAGGACCAUAGAGGUCAAGGCCCAGGAGUGCUUCAAAGAGCGCAACAACAAAGUGUGUGGGAACUCCAGAGUGGAUGAAGGCGAGGAAUGUGACCCUGGCCUCCUGUACCAGCUGGCUGAUCCCUGCUGCUCUGCAGACUGCAAACUGAAAGAGGGUGCCAAGUGCAGUGACCGAAACAGUCCUUGCUGUAAAGGCUGCCAGUUUGAAAGUGCACAAAAGAAAUGCCAGGAAGCCAUAAAUGCCACUUGCAAAGGAGAGUCUUUUUGCACUGGGAACAGCAGCGAGUGUCCCCCGCCGGGGAACGCCCCGGAUGACACCGUGUGCGUGGACAUGGGCAAGUGCAAGGACGGGGAGUGCGUCCCCUUCUGCGAGAGGGAGCGGAACCUGCGCUCGUGUGCCUGCAACGAGACAGACAACUCCUGCAAGGUGUGCUGCCGGGACGAGCACGACAGGUGCACGCCGUACGUGGAUGCCAACGAGCAGUUCCUGUUCCUGCGCAAGGGCAAGCCCUGCACCGUGGGCUUCUGUGACACAAAUGGCAAAUGCGAGAAGCAAGUCCAGGAUGUGAUUGAGCGGUUUUGGGAUUUCAUAGACCAACUCAGCAUCAAUACUUUUGGGAAGUUCCUAGCAGAUAAUAUAGUGGGCUCUGUGCUUGUCUUCUCCUUACUGUUCUGGAUUCCUCUCAGCAUCCUUGUGCACUGUGUGGACAAGAAAUUGGACAAGCAGUAUGAGGAGAACACAAAGUCCCUGUUUUGCCCCAGUAACGUGGAGAUGCUCAGCAGCCUGGACUCGGCCUCCGUGCGCAUCAUCAAGCCGUUCCCCGUGGCGCCGGCCGCCAGCCGCCACCAGCCGCUGCAGCCGCUGGCGCCCGCGCCCGCCGCGCCCGCGCCGCCCAAGCCGGAGCACCAGCGCAUGGACACCAUCCAGGAGGACCCCAGCACCGACUCGCACGUCGACGAGGACGCCUUCGAGAAGGACCCCUUCCCAAACAGCAGCUCCGCCGCCAAAUCCUUCGAGGACUUGACAGAGCACCCCGUCAUCAGGAGUGAGAAAGCCUCGUCCUUCAAACUGCAGCGCCAGAACCGCGUGGACAGCAAAGAAACAGAGUGCUAG